CAUAUCAUAUUCAUCGAUAGUGAUUUUGUAACGAAAAGAAACUCUCCCCAAAAAACACUAUGAAAGUCAAAUGACAUUUACCAAAAACUCAGAAUGACAAAGUAUCAUCUGACGUGCAAAUGGCUUCCAAACUUAUGCACGCCCUUCAAUAUUCAGGCUAUGGUGGUGGAGCUGAUGCCUUGAAGCAUGUUGAGGUUGGUGUUCCUGAUCCAAAAGCUGAUGAGGUAUUGCUCAAGAUUGAGGCAGUAACUCUAAAUCCAAUUGAUUGGAAGAUACAGGCAGGUGCUCUACGGCCCUUCUUACCCCGCAAGUUCCCCACAAUACCUGGAACUGAUGUUGCUGGGGAGGUAGUCCAGGCUGGAUCUGCUGUAAAGAGGUUCAAAACUGGUGACAAGGUCGUGGCCAUUCUUAGCCAUGCUACUGGAGGUGCACUGGCUGAAUACGCCGUGGCAAAGGAGAACCUGACUGUUACCAGACCACCAGAUGUAUCAGCACCUGACGGUGCAGCCUUACCUGUUGCCGCCCUUACUGCUCACCAAGCUCUCAUCCAGUCUGCAAACAUCAAGCUUGAUGGAAGUGGUGAAAGAAAGAACAUAUUGAUCACAGCUGCAUCAGGGGGUGUGGGUCACUAUGCAGUCCAACUGGCAAAGAUGGGAAACAUGCAUGUAACGACAACAUGUGGAGCUCGCAACCUAGACUUUGUCAAGGGCUUAGGGGCCGAUGAGGUUCUUGACUACAAAACUCCGGAAGGGGUGUCCUUAAAUAGUCCGUCAGGAAAGAAAUAUGACUAUGUGAUCCAUGGUGCAAGCGGAAUCCCUUGGUCCACCUUUGAACCCAAUUUGAGUGCAACAGGAAAGGUGAUAGAUUUGACUUUCACCCGAAGUGCAAUGUUCACUUCUGCUUUGAAGAAGCUGACAUUCUCUAAGAAGCAGCUGGUUCCUCUGCUUUUGGUUCCAAAGACAGAAAACUUUGAUUAUGUGGUGAAUUUGGUGAAAGAAGGAAAGCUUAAAACAGUUAUAGACUCGAAACAUCCCUUGAAGAACGCUGAAGAAGCUUGGAGUAGGAUAAUGAGCGGUCAUGCUACAGGAAAGGUUGUCAUAGAGCCUUGAACAGAUUAUAUUGAUGCAGACACUGCAAAUUGGUUGAUACUUGAUAGUAAUAAACAUAUAAGUUCAUAAUUAUACAGUGUUUGUAAAUAUUGAAGGCAUACAUCCUAAAUGGAGAAGUUAUUAGGUGCUGGCAUGUAAUAUUUUCGGCAUCAAUCAAUUUCUUGAUUAUAAACAUGUAAAAUGUAAUCUUGUAAAGUUACUCUCUUAUGUGUGAUUAGAGGCAAGGAGGGUGUGUUAGUUGUUAAACAUAAUCUACUCCUGUAGUACUUAAUGUUUUUCUUACUUUCUUGUUAACCUCACUAGUAGUUUAUAGGUGAAAUUCAUUUCUUGUAACAUGAAGUUAUCAAUCAUGGAAAUAAUAGGAUCAAUUUUAGUACUUUUA